CAGGAUCGAAUUUAAUGGGAGUUCCAUCCAUUGGAAACGAGUCAAAGAAACCGAAAGUCUGAGAGAGCUUCCGCAGAGCAACUCAGGAGGGAAGGAGCCAGAGAGAGAGAGAGAGAGACACCAAAGAUGAACGUUUUCAGAUUAGCCGGGGAUAUGACCCAUCUCCUCAGCAUCAUCAUACUUCUCCUUAAGAUCCGAGCGACGAAAUCCUGCACAGGAAUAUCACUCAAGACACAAGAGCUAUAUGUUAUAGUAUUCCUCACUCGAUACCUUGACUUGUUCACAAAGUACAUCUCCUUCUACAAUACUACAAUGAAGCUGGUCUUUCUGGGCACUUCAAUUAGUAUUGUGUGGUACAUGAGGUACCACAAAGUGGUCAAACAGACAUAUAACAAGGACCAAGAUACCUUCCGGCAUUACUUUCUUGCUAUUCCUUGCUUCUUGCUUGCUCUUUUGAUUCACCAUGAGUUUACCGUUAUUGAGGUUUUAUGGACAUUUUCAAUAUAUCUUGAGGCCGUUGCAAUUUUACCUCAAUUGGUGUUACUACAAAGGUCAAGAAACAUAGACAACUUAACUGGAAAUUAUGUUUUUCUACUUGGUGCUUACCGGGCCCUAUAUUUGGUCAACUGGGUUUAUCGUUACUUCACAGAGAAUCACCUGGUCCGGUGGAUACCUUGGUUAUCAGGCUUGGUUCAGACGACUCUUUAUGCUGACUUUUUCUACUACUAUAUAAAGAGCUGGAAGAACAAUGAGAAACUCCAGCUUCCUGCUUGAAGAGUAGCUUCUUCAUUCAGAUUUAUUAACUUUACAAUCCAGGCACAACAAAGGGGACUAGAUUCCUAUGGUCAUUGUAUCGUCUUUCAUGGUAACUAAACAGAUAGCACCAUAGCACAUACUAAUCUUAUCAGGGCCUUCAUUUUCUUUGUGUGGGGCCUUUCUACAACAGAUACAUUUGAUGUUUGUUGUAACCCUUUUUUUUUUUGGUAAUCUAUGUUUAUUGUAACUAACUUUUGUUUCUUGCAACUAAAAAUCAAACAAACAAGAAAGCGGAGCUAACAAUCCCUUCAAGUAUCACGAAUUUUCAAAAGACAAUGACUUGGAUUUUUAGUGUAUGGAAAUAAUGGCUCAAUGGACUAUCUCGAUUAA